AUGGCCGCCUACAACUUCAGAAUUUCAUAUGUCAAAGGAAACGAAAAUGCUAGAGCAGAUGCUCUCAGCCGAAAACCAGAAUACUUACAAAGCAAAACACACGAAUCGCGCGCAAUACUAAAGCAGUACGGCGACGUUUUAGUCCACAAUAAACUACAACUUACCGCCACUUCAGGAGUAAACUAUGAUACUAUCAAGGACAUCAUAAAGACAGAAUACUCAACGGAUGCUACAGCCAAGAGAAUCCUAGCUAUCCCAGACAAUCCAGAAAGAGGAUUCACCAUCGAAAAUGGAUUCAUCCAUUUUCAUGGCAAGCUUUACAUACCCUCCAGUCUAGCUAAGGAUUACGUCACAGAACAACAUGAGCUUCCAGCUCACGGGCAUCAAGGUAUUACGAGAACCUUUGCCAGAAUAAGGAGAGAAGUCUACUUUCCAAAGAUGAGGACUAUAGUUGAGAACGUAGUUGGGAACUGCGACACCUGUAUAAGAAAUAAAGCCGCCCGGCAUGCACCUUAUGGCCAGCUCAAAACCCUCGAACUACCUACUCAACCAUGGAAGUCCAUUGCUUGGGAAUUUGUAGUAAAACUACCAUUAUCCAAAGACCCAGUCACCCAGAAGGAGUACGACUCCAUCCUGGUGGUGACGGAUAGAUUAAUCAAGUUCGCUCACAUGAUACCAUUCUGUGAAACUUGGACGGCAGAUGACCUUGCUUAUAUGUUCAUGCGGAAUAUAGUUAGCAUUCACGGUGUACCAGACGAGAUCAUCUCAGAUAGGGACAAGAUAUUCACAUCGAAAUUUUGGUCUACUCUUACGGUACUGCUUGGAGUCAAGAGAAAGCUCUCGACAGCUUUUCACCCACAAACAGAUGGCCAAACGGAACGAUUAAACCAAACGAUGGAAGCCUAUCUUCGCUGCUACAUCAACUACAGACAAGACAAUUGGGUUAAACUAUUACCCUUGGCACAAUUCGCAUACAAUACAUCAGAAACAGAAACAACAAAAGUGACGCCAGCAUACGCUAACUUCGGAUUCAAUCCAUUAGCAUACAAAUCACCAUUGCCACAAGAUGCGAAUACAGACGAAACCAUAAAAGAUAUCACGGAAAUCAAGGAGCUACAAGAACAACUUUCCUUGGAUUUACAGUUCAUCGCUUUAAGAACAGCGUCGUACUACAACGAAUCACGUAGUAUGGGAUCUACUCUUAAAAAGGGGGAUAAAGUUUAUCUACUACGAAGAAACAUACAAACAAAACGACUUAGCGAUAAACUAGAUCACAAGAAACUAGGACCAUUCAAAAUCGAGAAGGUAGUUGGACCAAUCAACUACAGGUUAAAAAUACCAUACACCAUGAAUAUUCACCCAGUAUUUUAUAUAUCCUUGCUCGAACUAGCACUACCAGGAGCGCCCGAUGCGCCCGUAACAGAAAUCGAACCAGUCAACCCAAACGCCAUAUAUGAUGUCGAAACAAUACUAGAUUGUAAAUGCGUCAGAGGCAAAAUCAAAUAUUUGAUCAAAUGGUUGGAUUACCCACAUUCAGAAAACACUUGGGAGCUCAAGAAGGAUCUCAGCUGCCCUGAGAAGUUGAAGGCAUUCCAUCAACGAUACCCGGAUCUACCCAAAAAGGAUCCGAAGGACUCAAGAAAGAAGAAGGGUCGAAAUUAUCCAAAAGAGUUUCCUUCCGCUCUUGAUCCAACCUUUCCUCCUAUCGAUCCAACGAAGCUCAAUCGGAAAUACGAGGCACUUCUCGAUCCCAAUCUUCUUCUAAGGGGAAUGUCGCAUCACAAGGCUUGCGAGCCAAGCACACACUCGGAACAACGAGAACGUUCAUGA